AUGUCUGACUGGGAGAGCACCACCAAGAUUGGCAGCAAGUUCCGUGGAGCUGGCGCUGCCCCCCGCGAGACCGUCGUCAAGGGCAAGUCCGCCCUGAACGCCGCUCAGCGCUCUGGUGGAGUCAUCACCGAGAAGAAGUACACCACCGGCAACAUCGGUGCCAAGGCAGGCGCUCCCGAAGGCCAGCACCUCACCAAGGUCGACCGCAGCGACGAUAUCGUCAAGCCUAAGACCGUCGGCCCCGUCGUCGGCGAUGCCAUCAAGAAGCGCCGCAACGAGGAGGGCUACAAGAUGACCCAGAAGGAACUCGCCACCAAGUGCAACACCACCAUCACCAUCGUCCAGGACUUCGAGCGUGGCACCGCCACCCCCGACCAGAAGGUACUCGGUGCCAUGGAGCGCGUGCUGAAUGUUAAACUCCGUGGUUCCGACAUCGGUGCUGAGAAGUUCCCUAAGAAGAAAUAA